AGCACAUCCGGCGGAAGUGGUGUGAUCGUUGUUGUCAUCGGAGGUCUGGUCAGCCGGGUAGUCAGCUGCCUGGUUCAUUACAUAUUACGCGUUAACGCAAUUGGCGAGGGGAUUAUCUCAGUGGAAAGUCUUAUGAUCCUACAGGCGUGCGUAUAGUACACAUAUCUGCAGUCAUAUAGUUACCUAUUUACGGGAUACAUCUUGGAAGCUGAACUCUCGUUUCCUCAAUGGCUGGUAUUAAAGCUCUGAUCAGCCUCUCCUUCGGUGGAGCAAUUGGACUGAUGUUCCUAAUGCUUGGAUGUGCCUUGCCACAAUAUAACCAAUAUUGGCCACUCUUUGUCCUGUUCUUCUAUAUCCUGGCUCCCAUUCCAUACUGCAUAGCGAGGAGGGUGGUCGAUGAGACCGAUGCUGCUAGCAAUGCCUGCAAGGAACUUGCUAUAUUCCUUACCACUGGCAUAGUUGUCUCUGCAUUUGGACUGCCCAUUGUCUUCGCCCGAGCGACCCUGAUUCUGUGGGGGUCGUGUGCGCUGGUCCUCACUGGGAACGCAGUCAUCUUUUCUACCAUAUUAGGAUUUUUCUUAGUCUUUGGAAACAACGACGAUUUCAGUUGGCAGCAGUGGUGAGGAGCUAUCACAGAACUCCUGCCCGUGAGGAGUUGGUCAGCGAAGAUCCAUCCAGCCAACAGGACUGGCAGAGAGCAGUGAUAUCUCCUGCUUCACCCUGGGAGUAGCAUGCGGAUUGUUACCACACCUUUUUACUCAUGCUUUCGCCUGGACUUGCAGACUGGCUCACAAGGAAAAGCGCUUUAACCAAGAAAACGUCCUUCUUCCUUGACAUCUCUUUCUAUCUGUUUGUUUCUUAUUGUUAAUCGUCUGUAGUCUCUUUUUGUUUUUCCUUUUUUUUUUAUAUUUAGCACUGGCUUCUACAGUACAUGUUUUGAAGCCCCAUUUGACACUGGACUAGAUUUUAUUCCCAUUCAUUUGUAGCAUGAGAAAUGCCGUAGAAGCAGACACUUUUUUGAUAAGAUAUCGUAUUAGAUGCUUUGACAGUCGAGUGGAAUUCCCUUGUCAACAAAAUCAAUAAACAUGUUAUUUAUUUAUGUUUUACUUGCCCUCCCGCUAGAAACAUUUGAGUUGUGCUUUUAUUUGAUAUACUUAAUGUGGGCAUAAAAGGAAAGGGUAUCUAUGUGUGUAUAUACAGUAUAUAUUAUUGCACACUACCAUUCAAAAGUUUCUGAUAAAGGGCCUCUGUACUAUUAUGAUCACAUUCCAUUAAAAAUCAGCCGUUUCCAGCUACAA